GAGUUUAUUAAUCGUCGUGAUUAUUCAACCGGCUCGCGUUUAACGAAUCGGUUUGUGAAUAAACCCUAUGGCUUAAACCCACGCAGUUUGGAAAUGGACCGGUGGUUUGUGAUUAUGAGCGCGCUACUGUUUAUCUCGAGAGCUGAAGAUGCUGCGCGUGCUCGUGCGCGCGCGCGCCAUAGAUCAACAUCUGUUCGAUCAGAUCAAGAGAAGAUGAAAGAUUUGGAGAAAUUCCAGCGCAAAAAAGAGAUGAGGCGGAGUAUCAGCUCGUCAGAGCAGUACACGGAUGACGUCAUCUCGAGCCACGCCUUAUUUGGUCAAUGGGCAAAUCAGAGAACCACGAGAAAUACGUCAAAUCGGAGCUCGACGAAGCCUUCAGCGUUCGGAGUCUCGUUCCUGAAGUGCGCUCAGGUGGACAGUGGUGUUGAGCUGCGAGUGACGCUGCUGGUCAGGAACCCAGAGGAAGGUCACGACCUCUCGCAGCUCUGCAUCCGUGACUCCGUGUCUGAUGUGACGCUCCUACAGACCAACGGGAGCAUUCAGGAGAGAGGAUACCAGACCUUCAGCACGGACACACUGCCCGCUGGGUCUCAGUUUGUGGUUUUGUACAGGAUGAGAGUGAAAGGAAACAGAAAGCAGGUUUUGACAUUACCAGCGUUUCUGACCUUCUCCAACGCCACUCAGAAUGACAUUCAUCUGUUUGGUCCAGUGGUGGCGAAUUUCACUCUGAGGAUAAACACCACUGAGCAGGUUGAUGUGGAUCGCUCUCUUCUCCUCCUCGGCUUCCUGGGUUCGUUCCUGCUGUCGCUCCUGCUGUUGUCUCUCAGUGUCGUCAGUGUGAAGCUCCUCCAGCGCAGACGGCUGCGCAUCUCUGCACACACAAGAAGCAGUGUGAAUGAAGAGGCGGGGCCGUACGAGGGAACAUGUGACAUCACUGUGUCAGCCAAUGAGGAGGCAGCGUUUGAGGAUAAAUUUGUGGAUAUCUUGAUGUUGGAGGAUCCACAAAACAUGAUGGAGGCACUUGACAGCUUGAGCGUGUCGACGCUGUCGCGCGCCGCGGUGGCGCUGGAGCGUGUGCGAGUGCAGGUGUUUAAAGGGCUGGUGUCGGUGCUGCUGGCUGGCGUUCGGGCCGAGAGACGGGUUCUCGGGGUUGUGCACGGGCAGAUCGUGGGCAUGGAGGGGAAGGUCCAGGAGGAUCACGUGGCUCGGAUGAAGGCGCUCGCUGCUCAGUGUAACCUGGAGACGCAGGAGCAGAUCGAGUCCCUGCAGCGCAAACACACCAGCGAAGCGGCGCACGCAGAACGACUGCUUCAACACGCGCCGCAGCAACAGGAUCAUCAGGAUGUCCGGGCUCUGCUGGAGGAGCUUCAUCAGCGGGAGCAGAAGCGUCUGCAGAAGCGGCUCCGGGUCCGGCAUGAACACGCGUCUGCGCAGACACUGAGACAGCAGACGCUGAGCCGGCGGUUUGAGCUGCACAAGAUCCUGGGCGAGGAGCUGGAGGAGGCCGUCAGAACAGGAGAGCUGGAGAAAACCUCAGCCAACACACUCCUGCUGCAGUACUACAGCUGUCAGGAUGUUCUGGAGGAGGGGCUUGAUGUCCUUCUGGCCAAUCAGAGAGCACUGCUGGCCGAGCGACACGCGCAGCGCCGCUUCCUGGCGAAGAGUAUACAGAGUCUUCAGACCGUGACGAGCGAAGCCUUCAGCAGAGACACACACAGAGAGUGUUCUGAUGUUCAGCGGGAGAUUCUGCGCGUCAAACAGAGUUUAGAAGAAACAGUGUGUCGUGAGCGGAGAGCCAUCCGCUGUGACAUCAUCAAGAGGAGACGACAGCUCCUGUCAGAGAAGGUGUGUGAACACUGGCGUCAGCUGCAGGCCGUCUCUGCUUCCUCUGACGUCACAGUGAAUCAGUACCUGCAGAAAUGGACUGAACUGCUGAUGAUGCAGAACAAUGAACUAUCAGAUCUCAUCAAUCACCUGGACGAGGAGACGGCGGCCCGAGCACGCAAGGUGAGUGUGUGUGUGCUGCAGACGGCGCUGGCGCAGCUGAAGGCUCGUUCGCAGACGCAGGCGGUUCAGGAGAGUCUGCAGAGGCGGGGUCAAGCGGCGGCCCGAGAGCUGAGAUCCACUCAGAGCCUCAUCAGACAGCAGCAUCAGCAGGAGCUCCAGGACCAGACCCGCUCCAGAGACGCCUUCAGACAAUACUGCAGCGCUCUUUGUGAGUGUCAGCGCUCUCUCUCGCAUGAGCAGCGUGUGCGUCUGCAGCUGGAGUGUGUGAAGGCCGCGUGUCGUCUGGAUCGAUGUCUCGUGCUGCAUCACACCAUCUGUGAGCUUGAGCGGCUCUGUGACCCCGGCGUGACCCUCGGUGACCCCGGCGUGACCCCUGCAGGCUCAGAGACAGAGCUGCUGAGGUCAUCAGAGGUCACAGAGCUGCAGUGUUUCCAGCGGCGUCUGCAGGAGAGACUGCGACGGCUGCGCAGCGACACACACAGCGACACACACAGCGACACACACAGCGACACACUGCAGAGGGAGGCGUGUGUGUUCCAGGAACAGCAGCUGAGUGCUUGUCAGGAGUGUGUGGCCGUGUUCGUGGCGUCGCUGCAGUGGGAACAAGCGGAGAAGAAAACAAGAGUGACGGAGACACACACAGCCCUGCUGAAACUACAGACACUCAUCACUGCAGAACUGCACAGUGACAUCACACACGCCAUACACACACACCGCCUGGCUUUGGAGGAGGCGGAGCUCCGGCUUCAGCAGGAGGUGGGGCUGUGGGAGGAGUCAGCAGAGGGGCGUGGCUCAGAUGAUGAUGAUGAUGAAGAGGGCGUGUUUACAGUGAACGCUGACGCUGGAGUCUCGGUUCUCCUGCAGGAGGCGCUGUUCAAGAGACAGCAGCUGCAGCGCUUGACUGACAGAGAGUUGAGGAGGAAUCAGACACUCGAGCAUCACAGAGAGAAACUGCAGCUGAAGAGACUUCAGACCUACUGUGAGCAGGAUGUGGCGUUUACAGCAGCGCUGGUCAAACAGGCUCUGAUAACUGAUCCUGAUCUACACACACUCCUGAGACUCCUGCUACCUACAGUACCUGAAGGAGAACUGCUGUCACUCACAGACACACUAGGAGCCGGAGCAGGGGGAGGAUCGGGAUGUGGCGUGUCUCUGGUGGACAGACUGAAACUGGACCUGCUGAGCAGAAACUCUCACCCUCCUCAACACAGAGACCGAGAGAGAGACAGGCUGAUAAAGAAGCGUCAGAAGCUCCUUGAUAAACUUUUGUGUGGCGGUUCUGAAGACGUUCAUGAGACUCGCAGGAGACGCCGGCGCACCCCAAGCAUUCCUGUGCGGGAGGCGGAGCCGGAGGAGGAGCCGGGGGCUGGCCGCAUGACGAGGGCUGGUGAGGGGGCGUGGCCUGUGGGCGUGGUUAAACACAAUCUCAUCUCCAUGAGGAAUGAUGAGGGGGCGUGGCCUGUGGGGGUGGCUCAGGACAGUACCUUAAGGGAUGGUAGUGAGGGGGCGUGGCCUGUGGGCGUGGCUCAGGACAGUACCGUGAGGGAUGGUAAUGAGGGGGCGUGGCCUGUGGGUGUGUCUCAGGACAGUUCCGUGGGAGAUGGUAAUGAGGGGGCGUGGCCUGUGGGUGUGUCUCAGGACAGUUCCGUGGGGGAUGGUAAUGAGGGGGCGUGGCCUGUGGGCGUGGCUAACCACAGUCUCGUUUCCUCAGAACGCCUGUUUGUUUUCCGCUGUGUUCCUCCUUCAGCGCAGCGGGAAACACAAAACACUCGAUCACGCAAGAAGAAACGCAACUUCCUGAACUUUAAGAAAGCCAGUGUGGCUCCUGAACAACACACGUGACGACCACACGCAAGGCAUUAUGGGAACAUAAUUACAACAGUGUCUUUCUCUGUAUAUAUUGUUGUUUUAUCAUUAUCUUUUAUCGACCGUGUUCUGAUGUUUGUGUCUCUGAAAGCUGAUUGGUUGUUUCCUGUUUGCAUUCAAUGACUCGUGUUUGUUUCUUU